AGCAAAGCCUGCAAAACGUUAGAAACACCCACCAUAUUAUCCUCAAAGUCUAGCAACUACAGUCCAACAGUCGUGUAUAUGACACCGGCAGGAGAAGGAAAAAUCUUAUCAUCUGCAGAUGGGUAGCCUCUCGCCAUGGGGACAUUUCUCCCUGGUCCCAUUUCUACUGUUACAGUUCAUGCUUCACGUGUCCUAUGGCUGCUCCGUGGAGGAGAGGGCUGCACUACUGGAGAUCCGGUCUUCUCUGAUGAGAGCGCACUCCCUGGAGGUGCCUGAUUCAUGGAGGAAGGAUGAUUAUGAUUGCUGCUCGUGGAAGCAUGUCAAAUGCAACAAUAGAACACAGCGAGUGUCCCAUCUUGACCUUUCCUCUGUAUAUGCAACAACAGAGGGAGAUGGCCAUUGGUUUUUGAACUCGACUGUGUUUUCUGUAUUCCAUGAGCUUCAGUACCUAGAUCUAUCAUACAAUUCCCCUUGUUCCUUAAGCUUGAAAGGAUUAGUUGGGUUAGCCAAGCUUCGAUAUCUCGACCUCAGUGGCACUAUGUGGGGAGUGGGUUUCCCAGAAUUUAUCGGAGAAAUUGUUUCACUGGAAGUAUUAGCGCUCAACGAUAACAACAUCACCGGAGGUCUUCCCGGCAAAGCUGUUAAAAAUCUUAGGAACUUGCGACAAUUGAAUAUGACUUCGAAUAGCUGCCACGGAAACCUCCCGGAAUCACUAUUUUCACUUCCACACCUAAAGAUCCUAGAUCUCUCAGCAAAUAUCUUUGGUGGGCAUAUUCCAAUUAGCUCAGCGUCAAGACCAAUUUCUCUUGAAGUCUUGGAUCUUAGCUCUAAUCAGCUCAAUGGAACUUUACCCGUUGCUGCCUUUCAAAACAUCAGGAACUUGAAUUUGUCUGGCAACCAGUUCAGAGGAUCUCUCCCUGUAUCAUUAUUUGCACUUCCUCAUCUGAAGUUCCUAGAUCUCUCAUACAAUAAUUUUGAGGGACGUUUUCCUAUUAGUUUGUCUCCAGAACCAGUUCCACUUGAAGUCUUAAAUCUCCAUUAUAAUAACAUGAGUGUUCAUGCUACAAGGAAUUUGUCUCAAGGUGGAGAAGUGAUGCAGGAGAAAACCACCGCCGAGUUGUGGGUCAAACUAGAGGAGAUCUGUUUGUCCAAGGAUCUCACGGGCAGAUUGCACGUGAAGAUGAAGUUGUUCUCGCAUAAGUUGCAAGAGGGAGGUUCGGUGGAGCAUGAUAUUGAACCAGCUACAUAUAUUGAAGCCAUUUCUUCGGUUGAUAAAGAGAAGUGGGAUGCUGUUGCACAAUCUACUAUUGAGGCUAAGUACAUUGCUAUUGCUGAGGAUAUAAGACACAAUCAGUUCAUGGGCAACCUUCACUGGGUACGCUAUCUUGGUAACACCAGGCUACUUUUCUUGAGUGGAAACAAGUUUGAAGGGCAGAUCAGUCCAAUCCUGUGCAAACUCCUGUACUUGAGGAUAAUUGAUUUGUCACAUAACAAGCUUUCAGGUUCAUUACCAGCAUGUAUUGGUAAUAUCUCUUUCAAAGGCGAGACAGAUGAUCAGAUUUUUCAGCCAGUCCACAGGUUUAUAUCCUACUUCUACAGAAAUUUCUAUGCCCCCAAAAAGUACAGUAAUUCCUAUGACUUCAAAAGCUUCGCCUUUGCUACAAAAGGGAAUCUGUACACAUAUGGUCGCAGUUUCUUUCUUUCGAUGUCUGGCAUCGACCUGUCUGCAAACAUGCUGGAUGGAGAAAUUCCUUGGGAGCUAGGAAAUCUAAGCCGUAUCAAAUCCCUUAACCUGUCAUACAAUUUUUUUGUUGGCCCAAUCCCAGCAACCUUCGGUGGCAUGAAGGAGAUAGAAAGCUUGGACCUCUCCCACAAUGAGUUGAGUGGACUGAUACCUCAGCAGUUAACCCAGUUAUCAUCAUUAGGGGUCUUCUCCGUGGCAUACAACAACUUGUCAGGAUGCAUUCCGAACUCUGGUCAGCGCGGGUCGUUCGGCAUACAGAGCUACCUAGCAAACACCAACCUUCACAAGAUCACACAUGGCAACAUGUGCACUGCUCCCGGUCCAGAUCCAGCGCCGGAGGAACAUGUGGGAGAGAUGUUUGGUGAUCCAGUGCUAUACGUGGUCACCGCUGCCACGUUUGUGUUGGCACUAGGAAGCAUAGGCGCGGCGGCACGCCGCGCCCGUGGACGGAAGAAUGGAGAAUUCAGGAGGUAA